AUGUCUUUCUUCGGCCUUGGCAGGCCGCAGCCUACGUCGGCCGAGAAGAUCGCGGCCGUCGAGAACGAGCUGAAGAUGAUGGCCGACAUGCACAACCGGAUGACGCGGGUGUGCUCAGCCAAGUGCGUAGACAAGACCUACCGCGAAUCGGAUCUGGCCAAGGGCGAGGCCGUGUGCCUGGACCGGUGCUCGGCCAAGUUUUUUGACGUGCACGCCAAGAUCUUUGACCAGAUACAAAAGGAGACGACGGAGCGCAUGGCGGCGGCCGGUGGCGGCGGCGGCGGCGGCGGCGGCUUCGGCAUGUAA